AGAGAGUCGGUAGGAUCAGGAAGAGAAUCAGCGUCACCCAUCGUGUGCAUCUCUCAGUGGCUGCCCGGCCAGCACGCCGGCACUACAGCUUCGAUCGCUCGACCAUGUCUGUGGUGUAUCACGCAUUGCGUCACGCAGGCGCUCGCUCGCUCACAAUCGCUAUCUUCCCCCAACUUCCCCUUCGGUUAAAUUCGUUUCAACUCGGCCGAGUUCGAACGGCCUCGGAAUAAGCGCCGGAAUCGAGCGAAUAGAACGCGUCAACGGCCGAGGUUGUACGAGCUUUCUCGAAAUUGACCGAACUAAUACGAACCGAGACGAAGUAGCACGGCUGUGCACGGGUUGCCUGGUUGCAGGCGCGCAGUGCAGCCGCCGCCGGUCUCCCGCCAGGUCAGUUGCGGCCCGACCGGCGAUGUUCUUCUUCCUUCUCGCUUGAGAGACCACGAGGAGGGAUCGACCUCUCGCGUUUCUCUCUCUCUCUUUCUCUCUCUCUCUAUUUCUCUCUUUUUCUUUCUUUCUUUCUUUAUUGCUCCUCUUUUUAUCAACCUUUGUUAACCCUUAUCCUUUUCUCGUUCGUUCAUUCGUUCGUUCGUUCUCUCGCUGUCUCAUUUUAUUUCUAAUUCACCCUCGUUGUUGUUUCUUUAUCUAUCUUCGUUUGAGCUUUUACAUUGGUGAUUCCACCGACGAGUUUUAUUGAACGUCACACAGCUUCUUCCCGAAUCUUCGACGACAAGAGAAACCACGAAGAUACUAAGGAAACGAAAGACAAGAUGCCAGCAGCCGGUGCAGCAGUACCGGACGUGGCCGAAGGUGCCGGACAAUUAGGUGAAUUGGACGAACCACCUGAACCUCGUGUACGUGGACCGAGCAGUCGAGCUGGAUUGAUGAAGCCAUUGGUUGUCCUUGCGCUUCCUGGAAUGUAUCUUUUUUACAAGUACAGUCAAUACAGACGAGAACAACGCGAGCUUUCACGUAGAAGAGUCACCGAGAGAGAACUUCAACAUCUUCAUCAUAAAAUCGAUAAAUUGUUAACGAAGUUGGAAGAAAACGAACCUGAAUUGGCCUCUUCGCAGGAGGACGAAUGCGUAAUAUGCGUGAACGCGAGAGCUACGAUGCAAACGGCACCGUGCGGACACCGUGUAGUUUGCAGACGUUGCUUCGUCAAAACGAUCCAGAUGGCUGUGUCGCAACGUCUCUUACCGUUGAGAUGUGUCAUAUGCAGAGCAAAAAUUCUUCGAUUGAAGCAAACUCUUAUUCCACGAGAUUACUCGAUGUCUGGAAAAUCAUGGGUCUUACCUCAAAGUGCAUCGGAGUAUAACAUGGGAAUCGGUGUAAGCGUUGGAGUUUCUGGACCAGGAGGAAGAUGGGGUACAGGAAGUGUACCAGCUUCUGCUUCUCUUUAUUCUAUGGCCAGUGGUUCGUCAUCCAUUUCCGGAGUGUCUUCCGUGUCUUCGGCUACGUCGUCGUCUGCUAGUAGUACCGGAAGUACCGGUUCCACCUUAGGUAAACCAACGAGAGUUAGACAACCAAGCGGUGCGACACUCAGACGUUCUCAAACUCAAUCGAUGAAAUUACGUAUUCAAGAAUACCAGGAUCCAAUUCAGCAAGUCGCUGAUGAAGAAGACAUUAUGAGAGAAAAUCGUAGAUUACCGCCUAUAAAAGAAUUUCAAAGAGAUUAUCGUGCUGGAAAGGCCUCAACUAGAAUACGAUGUGCUCAGAAGAUUGUGACGCAAUUGGAAACAACACCGAGUACAAGAAUGACGUCGAACAACGUUCAGACAACGGUGACAACAACGACCACGUCGUCAUCUUCGUCGUCGUCGUCCUCGUCAUCGUCGUCGUCAUCGUCGUCGUCAUCGACGAACGGUACAAACGUUACAACGAACGUUACGAACGGUACAACAAACGUUACGAACGGACGUUCGACGUCGAAAAGGCCACCCGUACAACCGAAAAUUUCGGUUGUACAGGAGAUACAAAAAUUGAAGAAAGAAAAGGAACGAGAAAAGGAAAGGGAAAAAGCGGAAAAAGCAAGGCAAAAGGAGGAAGAAAAAGCUGAGAAGAAUAGGCAAAAGGAAGCCAAAAAAUUAGCCAAGGAAGAAAAGAAACGUGCGAAAAAGGAAGCAAAAGCGAGACGGAAGGAAGCCGAGGAAGCCCUUUUGAGGGACGACAAGUAGAAUCGAGAUCUUUAGAAUUAGAUAAUCGAUGAUUAAGAUAGUUGGACUCGUGAAAUUGAGUCAAGUGUGAAAAGGACUAUUCAAGGAAUUGGAGCAUUGUACCUGAUGAGUCACAGAUUGAUCCUGAUUUUUUUAUAUAUUGACAUUUAUAAAAAUGAGAUUGAUAAUAAAAGAUAGAAAUAUUUAAUAAAAAA